AUGAAGUCGGUGCUAAUUUUUAUAUUUUUGGUCCUUUUCAUAUCUCGAAACGGGGUCAGAUCCGACGUUCAAUGUGGUGAAAAUCGGUUUUGUCCAGUUGGAUUUCGACCCUAUGCAUCGGUCCAGAAUCAAAACGAAUGGCAGCUUCGUCGAAAUGCAGCACAACGAAUUGCGUCAUUCAACAAACAUAAUAUUGUUGGAGUUUUGAGUUCAAAUCUAGAAUCACUAAAACUGGAAGGCUAUCAGGACGAGUUGUGUUUGGACGAUACAAUUGGUUUCUUAUUGGAUACAAACGUCAGCAACUACCGUAUCAGUUGCAUUUGGACAGGAGUUUCUCAAUUCGGUCAAUGUCGGGCGGUCCCAGAAAUUUAUAUGAACCGCCCGUUUUCAUUUAUUGAUGAAAACGAGUGGAUGGGGAAAUUGAUGUAUGUUCGAUCUGCACUCGGAUGCAAUACUUUCGAUAGAGUCUAUGAGAUGACAAGACAAACUUUGAAAAAUGACGAAAUUUCAAAUUCCACAACUACAAAAACUACAAGAAAAGUGAUGGUGCGCAGAAACUACAGUAACCCGCGAAGAAGCCCCUCCUACAUUUUGGAAUCAACGGAACUGUUCAUUUGCAAUGAGAGAUGUGUUCAAGGAGGAAUCGGAUAUCUCGCCACGCUGAUUAUCAUUUUAUCACUGGCCAUUUCGUUUUUCAAAAAUUGUGUCGAAUUGGAAUAA